GAUGCCCGUGGUAAUAUCAACAGCGAAGGGAUGCAACGUUCUGCUUCACCUACCACCAUCGAUUCACCGAAUACUUACAUCACUAUGAUGCCCGUACAGGGACAGCCUCUUCGGGCAUUUGGUGACGAUAUCGGUGAUCCCGGUUUGCGAAAUGGGGAGAUGUCUUUAGAUGAAAACGAGGCUGGAAAUAACAACGUGGUGGCUGUUGACAAUUAUGAAAACGAAGUGGAUUUUUUCCAGUCACCAACUUCUGGAAUUAAUAUGGCUCACUACCAAGGAUCCGAUGAAACCCUCAACUUUCUUUUUGAUAUACAAAACCAGUCCAGAGAGGUUUCAGAAAAGAACACAUCCGCAGAGUCUAAUGAUGUAUUGACAGAGGAUGUAAUUGUAGAAACAACAGUUGUUGCUAGUGAUGCAAAAUCAGGGGAUGAUAGUCCAUCGCAGAGUGUUCAAAAUGAAAACAUUGAACAUGAUUAUAUAAACAGCGAAGAGAUACAACAUUCUGCUUCAACUACCACCAUUGAUUCACCGAAUUCUUCCAUCACUACGACGCCUGUACAGGAACAGCCUUCUCGGGCAUUUGGUGCCGAUGUCAGUGAUUCCGGUCUGCGGAAUGGGGAGGCAGAGAGAAAAAGUGUGUCACAAACUGUGGUCGGCCUUAUUUUUGGAGUCUUUAAAUUUGUGAUUUUUAUGUCAUCCUCAAUCUUUGGAAAUUUUGUAAGUAGAACAUAG